UAUUAAGCCUCUUAUAAGCAUUCUCUACCUGUUUCACACGAAAAACUAAAUUUAUGCGGCGAUGGACAUGAUGUAGAACAGUUGGAAACAUGGCGUCCAAAAUAAGGAAAUAUGAAUGUGCUGGAAAGAAUCACUCAAAGAAACAAGACGCUGUUUUGUUCUGUGGGACCUGUAAGUACAAUAUUUGCGGAGAUUGUGCUGUGUCUAAGGAGCAUAGGGAUCAUGCUAAUUCUUUCCAGAGUGUUGGAUGUCAAGAAACACCAGGUGAUAAAGACACAAAAACACAGUGCGCAAAAGAGACUUACAGUCAACUCGAGGAAAAGAUUGCAUGGCUAAAUGAGCUUAAGAAAUCAAGGCAAUUAGAAUUUUCAAAUUUAAGAAAAACCGUCAAUGAUCGAUUUGAACAGACUGAACGGAGAUUGAGAGAUGAAAAACAAUUGUUGGACCAAGGGCUGAGUACAGAAGAAUCUUUAGAUAUUUCUAGAGUUGGCAGUAUUGUAAAUAAAUUAGCCAAUAGAAAGGAUAAGAUCCAAACGUUAAUGUCAAGUCUAGAGUCUGAAAAAAAUGCGAAAAUGUUUGCUCAAAUUGAGGCAAAUCUGGAAAAAGAAGUUGAUGCAGCAACGAUUGAUAAUAAAGAAUCCGUUGAAUUCCGACAACUAGCCCUUAGUGAGGAAAACAAAGAAAUUAUCCUAGGAAAUUUACUUUUUGACGUAGCUCCUCAUUCCUCAUCUGACUUCCUGGGAUUUUUGCUUCCUGAACCUGAAGUUUUGUCUAAAUUUCAAAUCCGUUUAGGCAAAAUAGAAACUGUUUGUCCAUUAAAUGAUCAUGAAGUUUGGAUUGGUUAUUCCAAAACCGAUAGAAUAUACCUAUUGGAAGAAAAGGACAACGGUCAACUUUUGAAGAAGGAUCGAUACCGGUUAACAGAGUUUCAACCCAUAAACAUCUCUCUUCUAUCAUCCGGGGAUCUCAUUUUUUCCUGUGCAGGUCAGGGUAUGAUAACAACUAUGAAUAAGUUGUAUGAAGCUUCCAUUUAUAUUGAUACAUAUCACCUUAUUCCGUUGGGUAUCUACGUCAACGAAAAGGACGAAAUUUUUGUGUGUUUACUCAACGAUUACAGCUACCAUCUGAACGAAGCUAGCGUGCGACAAGUUGUCAAGUAUUCUGCAGACAGAGAGAGGGCCAUGGUAAUUGAAAAAGAUACUGAUAAUAAACAGAGGUACUUUACCAUGCCACAGAGCGUGAUAGAAAAUGUUAACAGGGACAUCUGCGUGGUUGACGUCAUUGGUAUGCAUAAAGGCAGGUUGAUUGUCUUCAACAAAAAUGGCGGGAAAAGAUUUGUUUAUAAUGGACAGCAUACAACAGAUUCACCAAAUUGUGAUCUGAGUGCUUUGACACAUGAUAGUAAAGGGAACAUCAUACUGUCGGAUGAAUACUUCAGCAGGAUACACAUAUUGACGAAAGAUGGCGGUUUUCGAGGUUUGCUCGAGAUUGGAAAAGUAAACAAUAUUUUUCGGCCGUUUGGAAUCCAUUGCGAUUCAAAGGAUACGAUAUGGAUUGGGUGCAAAUGUUCUGAGAACGAUGAUGCUUCACAACUUGUACAUCUUAAAUGUCCUCUUCCAGAAUAAAUGUUAAAUAAUAUUCCAGAAGAAAAAUUAAAUUUGGGCAGUUACAUUUUAUCAAACUUAGCAGUUCAUUUUAGUAAAGUUCACUUAUCUUUCAUAUUAAUAUAA